GUGGUCAUGUUUCUAUCACUGGAGAUCUAAUUCACUGGAGAUUAGGUUGGAAUUCUUAAACUUUUCUUACUAUUAAAUGACUGUUUACUGUGUGGAUAUGCCUUUAUGAACUAGGAAAUCCUUAUCUAUUUGCUUGCUUGUUUGAAUGUAAAGUCAAUUUUGCGAAAUGAAUUUUGUGGACGAGGAAAAUUUGUCCGAUUCCGGCGGCAACAACGAUGGUGGUAUCAGCUUCGAAGACAGCGAUCGUUUCGACGAAGAUAUGUCGUUGUGUUCGUGUGGCUCGGAUCCUGAGAGCAUUUGUGGGGACUGGCGGGGCUGGAAAAGGAGUAAUAAUGAUUUUUCCUUGUCGCGAAGCAACCAGCCAAACGCCGAAACGUUGAUAGAAAAAUGCUGUAAGGUAGUAGCAAUGUCGGUUCCUUUUGAAACGGUGGAGCGAAUGUGUCCAAAUUUACCCGAACAACUGCUUCUACGGAUUGCAUUUUGGUCCUUUCCUCAAACCGAUGACAAUAUACGACUGUAUUCCUGUCUGGCGAACGGGUCUUCUGAAGAAUUUUCCAAAGGGGAACAGCUCUAUCGCGCUAAAGCUGUCGUGGAAGCAUUGCAAAUAGGUUUCCAUCUAAAUGGCAUAGUGCUCCCUCAAAACCAUGGCAUGGUUGUCGCCAACACCAACAUCGAACAACUGAACUCUCACAAACCUGCAGUGUUAUUUGAUCAAGGUCAUGUGACGUCUUGCAUGUGCACUUGCAGUCCAUCGGCUGCUUGGUGUUCUCAUAUUGUUGCCCUGUGUCUGCACAGGAUAUACCAGCCUUCAUCAGUUACCUUGAGACCACCUUUAUCCGAGUCCCUUUCAAAAUUAAAACAUUUUCAAUUGCGAAAGUUUUCGCAGUAUCUGCUUAGCGAGCUUCCUCAUGAGCUGUUGCCGUUCGCUCAAAAACUUCUCGAUGAUUUGCUUUUGUUCGACGAUUCAAAAAUGAACGUAUCAACGGGUGCGCCAGAUCCGACAGCAGGACCUCCUGCGGACACCAGGAAACAGUGGUGGAUGGACGGCAAAGCACUUCGCGAAAAUAUACGAAAGAUGUUGUCAAAAUUUUGCGGUCCCGGACCUUUCAUGCUCGAAGAAGCAUAUAGCUUUCAGUUUGCUUCCACUGCGCCACCGACAGCAGCGGAAUGGUCCAACCUGUUAAGACCUCUUACAAGCCACGAGCCCGAAGGCAUGUGGAACUUGCUGUCUAUCGUGCGCGAACUCUUUCGUCAUCGCGAUUGUAAUGCCGUAGAAGUACUGGAACUGUUGACGCAAGAAUGCCUGUCAUUCGAGCAGAUUGUCGUGUGGUGGUUCAAUAGCAGCAUUCAGGGAUGGACGAGAAAUCAGCAGUCAUUCCGUAGAGAUGAUACCGGCAACAACUACAGGAAUUGUAUAAACACCGCUAGCACUGAGAUGACUAAGAAUGCAUGUGCUAGUUUCUGUGAUGAAAUUGUUGUGCUGUGGCGAUUGGCAUGCCUCAAUCCGAUCAUCACGUCUGAUGAACGACUUAAAUUGAAAGAAAAACUCGAAAUUUUGCAUCAGAAGACCAUCGAAAAAGCGAGAAACGCCCAGCAGAGUGCUUUUAAAGGAGCCAUUAAAUAUAAGAACGUAUUAAAGGAAAAAAAAUUUUUAUUGUUCGAAAACGUUUCAUACAUAUAUUCUUGUAUUGAAUGCACGCUAUCUGGGGAGCAAAUAUUUGGAUUCAGUCGGGCAACGGAGAACUUUCCUGGUUUCAAGAUUGCCAUCGAGGCUUGUUCCUUAGACUGGUCCAUGCUUGCGUUGCCCUCUCUAACUCACAGAAACCCUCACGCAGUCCAUGGAACCAUUGGUGCUCAAACGGAUGUUUUAGAAAAAGAGGAAGUUGAAAAUUUGGAUGAAGAUGUUCACACGUUAUUCACGAGAGCCGAGGCAUUGCAUGUGCACGGCUGUCCAGAAGCUAGGAAACUCUGCGAACACUUAACCGAAAGGAUUCUAUCGGAUGCUUGCCGUAAAGUAGACAAUGCUGCAGAACAUGGAGAAGAAACUGUUGAAGCAGAGAAUGCUAAUUGCUUCAUAAACACGACUUUAGCAAGAACGUCGUUUCUCUGCAAUGUGUUUUCUUCCGCUCCUGCUAAACAUCAUCUUGCUUUUAAGAUCGGGCUUCACGGCUUGGAAGCUGCAAGAAAACCGGCGAGGAACAAAGCCCUUGAGGUGAAAUUAGCCAAUGAAGAGUCCGAGUUGGUGAACCUUCUUACCAAGUUGCCACUCGGCUUACCGGAAGUUGCAGUUGUGAGAGAAAAAGCGCUAUCUUUAUGCAGGAGCCCACUUGAACGUGGUCGUGCGACGCUACCAAUCAAGUUUGCGAUCUUUUUGUUUCACGUUUUGAGCAAACAAAGCUCAAGAGAAGACAAAGAACUUGGGUUCAAUGCUGCUCUCGCUGCGUUAAAUAUGAAAGCGAAUGUUCCCGAAGUCGAGUGUCCAAUGUUGCGCGAGGGAAUGAGAAGGCAGCGUGGCGAACUGGCACUGGCUCUCAUUGAUUAUUCCAAAGAUAACCAAGAAAAUUUGGACUUGGUGAAGAUGUGUUUACUUGACAAGAGUCGGUACGGACUUGAUGCGCGCUACAAUCACCCUCGACGUAACGUUAAAAAUCGAAGAAGACGCUCGAGAAGUCGCGAUAAAACUCAAACUUGCGCCUCAAAACGCACCGAUUUUGCUCAGCUGCAGCAACAGGUUUCUUCCAAACUGCCUUCCGCGAAAGUCAGGACAUCGUCGAAAUCAUCAUCGUCAAGUUCCCGUCAAAGCUCGUGGAGCUCUAUGUCCGACGAUCUUUCUCCUCGAGAGGAAUUUCGAGCCGCACGUGACAGUGGCAGAGACUCCGAAAACGAUACACUAGAUUUGCUGUUAGCACCAUCUUCCAAAGAAAAUCAUAGUGAUGGUGAAAGGCGUGCAUACCAUUCCCCCAACGAGGAAGUUGUUGUUACCAGACGAAGAAUUGCUAGCCGAGGUGGUGGGGAAGAUGAUCCAAGCGGGUCGUUUGAUAGCAAUUACGAGGGCACUGGUCCUUUGCCUAUUAGUGUUGUUCGAGACUCUAAUACUAAUCCAGCUGAGGGUGAAAUGUCAGUUGCUGUUGCUGUCAAUCAUGCGAAGGAUGCACGUGCAAUCAGUAGCCCUCUGUAUGAUUAUGGUUGGAUGGAGGACCAAAGCAGGAGUGAGAACAAAAGUUUGCUAUGGCAAAGCACUAAGAAGGAUGGCAGCAUUGAAAAUCCGAGUCAUGGCAAGCGGCAUAGCAAAUGGAGGAAUGACAAGCGUGUGGAGAGGGAAAAGAACAUGUUCAGGAGAUAUCAAGGUAACCGGUCUUUAGAAGCAGAGGCUCACUUCAUGUUUGAGCUUGCAAAGAAAGUACUUAAACCUGCUGGAGGUGCAAGCCCCUCGUCUACCUCUUUAUUCGGGCAAGUCGAUCCUGCCGGUCAUGUUAGCAGCGGUCUUUCCAACCGAUCAAUGCAACUUCUUGCAUUCGAGCUUGGAUUGUUUGCCUUAGGCUUGCAUAACAUUACUUGUUUCAAUUGGUUAUCUCGAACAUAUUCCGCGCACGUGUCGUGGAUCUCUACACAGGCGCUAGAACUUGGUAGCGUCGCCCUGACCAUUCUCCUCGACAGUUGGAAGUUGCAUUUGACGCCUUCUGAAGUUGCGUCAAUUGCCGAUCGCGCGUCGAAGUCUAACGAUCAAGAAACUGUGAGGAUAGCUGCCCAACUUGCUCUUGCCUGCCUAUCCAUGGCGCACACCUUAAAUCCGGGGAAUAUACGAAUGUCACUCGCUCUGUGCAAAGAGCAGGGGUCGGAUUUACUAGCUCAGGCUUGUACAGCGGUUGAGUCGGCUGCCCAAGGAGGAGGAGUGUAUCCGGAAGUGCUUUUUGAGGUAGCAAAGCUUUGGGAGUAUUUAUACCAGCAAGAUUAUCCCGUUGGGGAAAAUGAAGAAGGAAGGGAUGCAACUUCAAGAGGUGAAAACGAGCGACAGCUAAGCUUUGAGGCAGAAGAUGCGGAAACAGAUACCAGGGAAGAUGAAUUGCGUGAAUCGCACGAGGAUCGCGACUCCCUCAUUGCUCGCGCACUUCACAGUGGUGGUCGAGGGGCGCUUCAGGAUUCUUACCCCAACCAUCUAGCAUCUCAUCAUGCUCAACUUCCUUCGCUCAUGGUUAAAUUAUCCCGUUUAGGAUUGACUUCAUCUCAUCAUAUGCUACCCAAAUCACCAUAUCCUUACCUUAACCCUAACUAUGGUUUAUUUGUUCCCCUUCCCACUCCUGAACAAAUCGUACAACAGCAGGUAUUUGACCACAUUCAACACCUGAUAGAACCGUACCAAGUAGCUCGUGGGCAACAAGUGCCAUUCCAAUUAGCAAAUACGUAUCGCGUGGGUCUGCUUGCCUUGGAGAAUUUAGGUCGAAGGCCGACGGACGAUCAAGCAAAUUCAAUGUUUGCGAAGAAUCCUCCUCACAAAGCUAACGUGCAUUGGCUAUGUAAAGUGGCCAAUAGAAUUGGGCAUUCGGCCUUGCAAAGAUUUUGUGUUGUAUGCGCCAGUUCAAUUCAUAGUCCUUACCUGCUGCACGAGAUAGCGCUCGAGGUUGCUGGACUUAUGGCAAAGACUAGUCCAAAUCAGAUCGCGUUUCAUCUUCGAUCUCCAAGUCUUUUCCCCAUGGUGCAAAAAUGUCUCAUGAAUUACUCCCAAUGCGUGCAACAGAGUCUUCAAGGCCUUCCAAAGUCCGAGUAUCCAGAAUUUGUUGAGCUCAUAAUGCACGCGCGUCGUGCCUACUGUAUGGCACAGGGCGGAAUGUCGCAAUUCAACGAGCUGCUUCAAAAUGUACGUCGCAAUACAGUGAAGAAAAAGGAUUUGUGGCAAAGAAUCACGGCUGCUUUAGCGCAUCAACCUAAAUAGGGAUUUUUUGAACUGGCUCCCAUGUUCUUGGAUAUUUUAUUUAAAUGGGUCGAGAGUUCGCAUGACACAGACGUGUGAACGCAUUCGAUGCAUACGUGCGAAUUUUUACGAGUGAAUGUUAGGAGUGUGAAUUUAUGUAAUGUUACAAUGAUAGCCAUACAUGAUGCCAAGGUUUUAUAGUCGUGUAAGUUAAGGAAAACCACUUUUAGUGCUUUUAAAAGUAUGUUUAGUACUACAAGAUGUAUAUGUCUAAUUAUCUAUGCAUGUGUAUCAUUGUAUUGAUUUGAAACGUAUGAGAGUUGUGCAUGACCGAA